AUGAAAGGCGGAUUUCUAAAAGUACCUUACCUUCUAACAACUGAUGUUAAUGUCAACAGAUCCCACUUAUCAGAAUCCAGAAGCUUAUCGCCCAUUAAAGAGGAGCGCACAGAACCUUCAGUGGAGGAAUGUAGUCCGUUUGGAUCCAGGCGAAAUGUCCUGGCAAACCCAGAGGAAAGGCCUAUUCGCCCAGGUCUGAGAGAGAAGCAGAAAACCUUUGAAGAGUUUGUGGAGGAACAUCUCAAAGUACAUCAGGCUGUUCUCCAACCCAAAAAUCAGGCUAGUACACAAAUCACACUAAAACAAAAGAAGAAUUUUCUUCGUAAAGGAGAAGGAACGUCUAGGAUCGGGAAGGAUAAGGAUGACUCACAAAUGAUCCACAGGAGGCAUUCUGUUAAUGCACAACAGCAGAAGAUAUGCCUCGAUGAACUUCAUCAGACUGGAAAAAAGAAAGACAUGCCAAAUGCAAGUCGUAUCAAGCAAAGACAUUCACUGCCAAAUACAAAGGACCAAAAAUAUGACCUUAAAGAAUUCCAAAGAAAGCCUGUUGAUCCACAAGACGACAAUAUUCAGAAGCAAGCUAACAGCAUAUUAUCAGCUGACAAAGAAAAAGUCAAACCUCUGACUUCUAGCAUUGUUGACAACGCAAACUCACUCAAAAAGAAGCACAGUUCUGAGGUCCUGAGCAUUUAUGGUAAAACCACUGGAAGUAUGUCCCAAAAAAGUGCUUUAAUCAAAUACAAUACAGCUCCGGCACAAAGCAGAUAUGCCCCAAAAGUGGAUCCCUCUGAAGAGAAUGUCGGCUUUAAAAAAAUAAACGACCACAUUGUCAAAGUCAACGAAAUAAAUGGCCUUCCCACAAACCGUCUGCACAACCGAAGCGAGCGUAGCAAAGAAACAUCUAAAGAGUUUAUGUUAACCAAUGAAGUGAUGGAGUCUCUGGCUCUUAGUGAUUCUAAUAACAGCACAAGCAGUGAGGAUGGACCCGUCUCUCAAUCUCACAGACCGGUACCUCAUUUUCCCUCAAGACACGCGGAUCACAAAGAUCAAAGUUUAGAUCUGUCAGAUGAUGACUAUGCUAGUGAUGCCCCGAGUGAGAUUGAGAUUGUUAAUAGGUUCAGUGAAGACCGUCGGAGCUCAACUCCUACCUCGAGUUCUUCAAGCUCCAUUUGCGAUUCAGAACUACAAAACCUGCAGGAGUCUAUGACAAACCAUUUCAAGAAGACAGAAGAUCAACAUGUUGGACAUGAGAGCAAAUGGACAAGAGAUACCCCCUUCAGACCACCUUCUGCUUCUGAAAGACUCAUGAAGGAGACAGAAACGCAUGGUUUUAGUGCUGAGGAUGACCACAGACAUAAAGAAGACCCGGCUGAAAUUCAUGAGCCUGAGGAUGUGAGGCAUCAGAUCUUCUCUCUGAAGCAGAAGUUGAUGGAGAAGGAGGUUCACUGGUCACAUGUUCACAGUCUCCUGCAGAGCCGUGUAGAAGCUCUUACCAGAGAGAACCAGGAGCUUUGCAGCAAACUCAAAGGAAUUGAAAGAUCUCAACCUGGAUCAUACAAUACAUGUGAUAAGAGCAGAGAGGACGCGCAGAAGACCCCUCGAGAGAGAAGUGCAACACCUGCUUUUAACAAACCCUCCAUUCACAAGAAGGAAGCAUUGAUAGGACACCCGGCCAAUGGACAAUCUGUCACCAAAGCUGUGAAGAGACCAGAACCCACAGCUAGCUCUUUAAGAAAGAAUUCUGCGUGUUCAGUUGAUGUUGGGAAUCCUGACAUCAAUGCCAUGAUUACAAGAGACAGAAAGGAAGGUUUUUUAUAUCGUAAUGUUGACUGCAGUGAUGCGCAAAUGGUGUCUCAAGGCAGAAGCGAUAAAGUAAAAGAGGAGAUACGCUACCCAGAUGGAAGAGUAGAGCGUCUUUUCUGGAACGGAUGCCGUGUAAUCACGUUUCGCAACGGAACGAAGAAGGAGAUUGGUGUUGAUAAGUCUGUCACGGUUACCUUCUUUAAUGGAGAUGUUAAACGUAUCCUGGCUGAUGGGACUCUGAUGUACUACUAUUGUGAUGCUCAAACAACACAUUCAACAUAUCCAUCUGGUUUGGAGGUUCUGCAGUUUCCAAACAACCAAAGAGAAAAACGGCAUCCUGAUGGUAAAAGAGAAAUAACCUUUCCUGAUGGAACACUCAAGAUACUUUACCCCGAUGGACAAGAAGAAAGCAUUUUUCCAGAUGGAACUGUUGUCAGGAUAUCAAAACAUGGUGAAAAGAUUGUAGAGUUUACUAAUGGACAGAGGGAGAUCCAUACAUCACAGUACAAGCGGAGGAUAUACCCAGAUGGAACCGUAAAAACUGUCUACACAAACGGGCAGCAAGAGACAAAGUUCUCAUCUGGGAGGGUUCGCACAAAGAACAAUGAAGGCUUUAUUAUAAUGGACUAAGAAUGAACCACUUUUCAUUUCAGUUUUUAUAUGAAAAUAUACCAUAUUUGAUCCUGGCAUAAAUAUAAUCACAAAAACUAUAAUAAAGUGUAAUUUAAUGAUUUGAUUAUGAUUUAAACUGGUUUGAUGGUCUGUACUGUUUGAUCCUCAGAUAUCAAUAAACUAAAUCUGAUGAACUAAUCCUCUUUAUUUUCCAUGUACUGUCAGUAAGCGUUCUUG